ACCAACAAGAAUUGGAGAAGGAGGAGACGAGACAAAAUAUUUACUACAUUGUUUAUUACAUGGUAAUCAAACUGAAUUUGAAGAUGAAAUACAAACACAAAGCAUUCAUAAUGUUGUAGCAGCAAUGAAAUGGACACUUCGACAUUGUUCAGUAACAAUAGUUCCAUACUAUUACUACGAAGAGUUUACGAUACAUGAGCAAGAAUCAAAUUAUGAAAUCACCACCACCACCAACACUAAUAAUAAUAAAUCUUCUUCAUGUUGUUUAUUUACAAAAUCAUUUCUAAAAAAUUUACCGAGAUUAAAUCAAGAAAUAGUAGUGCAAUUAUUUGAUAUAUGUGCAAAAGUAACAAUUGAAUCAGAGACAAAUAAAAUGUCAGCUCAUAAGAUAGUCAAGUCGUUGGCAUUGAGUUUGUUGGGGGAUCAGAAAAGGAUUUUUGGAAGUUUUGAUGAAGCGUAUACUGAAUGGACAAAAUGUUCUAAUGCUUGUUUACACUUGUUUUUGGCGUAUCUAAGAGAGAAAUCUUUAGAGUGUGAAUUACAUCCUAAACUAUCAAUUUUAUUAGAAAAUUAUGUUGAAAAUAGAAAGAAAUCAGUAAGUACUUUGAGAUUUGUUGAUAAUAAUAAUAUUAGCGGAA